GGAACCAAUCAGGGUGCAGGCCGAAAAACGGGGUAUUGAAGGUUAUGGUGAAUAAGAAGAAAGGGAUGGAUUUACAUUCUCAUCAUAAGAAGUAUGAUCAUAGGGAGGUUGACAAAAGAGCAGGUUCCAUGUCGGAAGACGUUUUAAAGAACUUGUCGCCACCACUGCCUGUUUAUCGAGCUCCGAGAGCACUUGAAAACCGAGCUUUGUUGCUUGACAAGGAGAAAACUAUUGAGAAGAAGAAAAUUGAGGUGAAGUUGGAAAAAGUGAAACCGGGUUUGAGUAAAGGCAUAAAAGCUAUAGAUUCGGAAAGUGAUGGUACUGAUACUGCACUUAAACUGGCACCACCAGGUCUGCGAGUUUGUAGCUCAAAGAAAGUAGUGAAAAUGGAGGAAGAAAGAGCACCUUCCGAGAAUGUCACUCCUGUUGUUAAAGUGAAAGACGAGAAAGAAGGGAAAGCGAAGCGUGGUGGAAGUACAGAAAAGCAAAUACUGCGAGAAAAGAUAAGAGGAAUGCUAAUUGAUGCUGGGUGGACUAUAGACUAUAGACCAAGAAGGAACAGAGACUACUUAGAUGCUGUGUACAUUAACCCUAAUGGAACAGCAUACUGGUCGAUUAUCAAGGCUUAUGAUGCCCUCAAAAAACAGUUGGACGAAGACAGUGCUAAAAGAAAACUUGAUGUGGGUUCUCCUUCAUUUGCUCCCCUAUCUGAAGAUCUGAUAAACAAACUCACAAGACAAACCAAAAAGAAAAUCGAGCAAGAAAUGAAAAGGAAGCGGAAAGAAGAAGGUGCGACUAAGAGUGCUAAGAGAUCUGCUGUUAGAGAUGGUGGAGAGAGCUCAGACAGUGACCAGAACGAGGAGAGACUCAGUUCCUAUAAGAAAGAUAAUUGCAAGUCACAGAGAAGCAAGUUGCUAGAAGUGGAUCGGGAGAGGAGUGAUGAUGAUGUAAGCGAUGAUUCGCCUGAGAGGAGUCUCAGAAAAGUGAAAGUCGGAAAACCUUGUAUUGCUUCCAGUGCUAACGUCUUGCAAGGAAGAACAAGUAAAGUAAUUGGGAGAUGCACACUUCUUGUUCGUGGUUCUGAUGGAUAUGUUUCAUACAGUGGAAAGAGAACUGUUUUAGGAUGGCUUAUUGACUCUGGAACAGCACAGUUGAGCGAAAAAGUGCAGUAUAUGAACCGUAAAAGGCAUCGGGUGAUGCUAGAAGGUUGGAUCACAAGAGACGGUAUACACUGUGGGUGCUGCAGUAAAAUCCUUACAGUUUCGAAGUUUGAGGUGCAUGCUGGCAGCAAGUUACGUCAGCCUUUCCGGAACAUAUUUUUGGAGUCAGGAGCAUCCCUUUUGCAGUGCCAGAUUGAUGCCUGGAAUAGUCAAGGAGAAUCUGCACGUCGUAUUUUCCAUGCUGUUGAUGUCAAUGGUGAUGACCCGGAUGAUGAUACCUGUGGUAUCUGCGGUGAUGGGGGUGCUUUGAUCUGUUGUGAUAGUUGUCCUUCGACUUUUCACCAGAUCUGUUUAGAAAUACAGAUGCUUCCGUCAGGUGAUUGGCAUUGUCCAAAUUGUAUAUGCAAAUUUUGUGGGGAUGCCAGUGAAAAUGCUUCAGAAACCGAUACUAGUGGUGACGAACUUACCAAAUGCAGCUUCUGCGAGAAAAGAUAUCACAAAUCAUGCAGUCAGAGGAUGUAUGCUCUACCUACGAGUUCAAAUGCUUCAUCUUUCUGUGGGAUUAAGUGCGAAGAGCUCUUUGAUCAUUUACAGAAGAUUCUUGGAGUCAAACAUGAACUGGAGGCAGGAUUUUCAUGGUCAUUUAUUCAACAAACAGAUAUUUCUGAUACCUUGCAUCCUCUAUUUCCUCAAAGAGUGGAAUGCAACUCCAAGCUAGCUGUUGCAUUAUCUGUUAUGGAUGAGUGUUUUUUGCCCAUUAUUGAUAGGAGGAGUGGGAUUAAUAUGAUUCGUAAUGUUCUCUAUAACUGUGGAUCAAAUUUCAACCGUCUGAACUAUAGUGGAUUCUAUACGGCAAUUUUGGAGCGAGGUGAUGAAAUAGUUUCUGCAGCGUCUAUAAGGAUCCAUGGAACCCGUCUAGCUGAGAUGCCGUUUAUUGGUACUCGUGAACUCUACAGGCGGCAAGGAAUGUGCCGGCGCCUUCUAUCUGCAAUUGAAACUGAACUCCGUUCUCUUAAUGUUGAGCACUUGAUUAUUCCGGCCAUAUCAGAGCAUAUGAACACAUGGACUACAAUUUUUGGUUUCCAUCGACUUCACAAUGUGCUCAAGAAGGAAAUGAAGUCCAUGAAUAUGUUGGUGUUUCCAGGAACAGAUAUGUUGCAGAAACGGUUGAUGGAGCAAGAAAGUUCCGAUGGUAUGAAGGUUUCUGAAUCAACCGAGAAUCAAGAUCAACCCAGAUUGCCCGUUUUGGUAGAAAAAACUGACGUUGAUUCAUCUAAUGAACAUGAUAAUAAGCAGACAAGUGACAGUUCUGGAUUCUGCCAUAACUCCAAGCCCAAUAGCAAAGUUAACGGUCUCGGUGUAAUUAAUAAUCCAGCAGCUACUACUGCUUCAGAUUCUGUUUGUAAAUCUGAUAUCAUUCUUGCUGUUGAGGCUGUCACAGGCAACACACGCAAAAUUGAAUCUCCUUGUCUGAAAUCUACUCGUGAUUCUUACGGCAAAACUCCAGUUGCAGCCGAGGGUAUUGGAAAGCUAAAUAACCCUUUGUCUUUAGAUAGCGCAGAAAUCGUAAAUAAUGCAGAACAUAUUGCAUCUUUUUCUACAAGAGUUGUUGAGGAUCAGCCGAGAGAGCGUACUAUGGAGAGUGAACUUCUAGAAGCUUCCAUUGAUUCUGCUGCCACCUCUGAUGAAAAUGAUAAACAUGGAGUAGAAAGCAAGUUACCUCUUGUGAUCGAUGAAAAAGUUGCUUCUCGUGUUUUCUCUUCUCAAGACACAGAAUCUACUGAUAAAAACAGAGGGUAGUUUACCCUCAGGUUUUCUUGAAAUUGGUUAAAUUGUUUUUAUCGUUCGGAAGCAGUUCUUGAAUUACUAGGGCUUUUUUUUUCAGAUAGAUGCAGAGGGUGAGCAGUAGAUGAAAUUGGUUGAUAGAUUUUUUUAGUUAUUCGGGGUAUGCCGAUAAAAUUAGGAAAAAACACAAUUAGCUUUUGUCCAAAAGACGGACAUAUUUAUUCUGUACCACAUUGUUCGAAUAUCGGCCCACAAAGCCUCUAUAAGAAUGUGAUCAAAUAACAUUAAGUAGCAGCUCGAA